UUACUUCCUCCUCUGUGCGAGCACAAGUCCUCUUGCAUUUCUGUCCUGACUUGCAGUCCAUGAAGUGAUCCCAGGGAAGGAGCGUGCUCUGCAAAGGUUGCUUCAGGACGAUUUGAAGACUGAGAACUCAAACCACACGCCAUGCAAAUGUGUGACAUAUCUGGGACCCGAAUAUAGUUGGCCUUGGAAUCUGAAAGGAGAAAUGCUUGUCUGUUCUUCCUGUUUCAAAAUGUUUUAAACGUCACUGUGUCUAGGACAGCGAGAGUGCUCCAGUGAGGUGACUGUGGAAGGAGCUUUAACUAUUUAUGCAGUUGCACUGACUGAAAGCACAUUUUGUUGAAGCAAUGUUUCUAUGUAAGGAUGGGGCUUUAGCUCACUAUUGACCCUGGACAUACACAAGGACAUCUGCACCAUGGAGAAACCAUGGAAAUGUGAGGACUGUGGGAUCGGCUUCAAAGUUCCAUCUGAACUGGAGAUUCAUCGACGCAGUCACACUGGGGAACGGCCAUUCACCUGCUGCCACUGUGAGAAGAGAUUUGUUAAUUCAUCCACCCUGCUGAGACACCAGAGGGUCCACACUGGGGAGAGGCCAUUCACCUGCUCGGUGUGUGAGAAGAGCUUCAAUCAGUUUUCCAGCCUUUUGAAACACCAGCGGGUUCACUCUGGGGAGUGGCCUUUCACCUGCUCUGUGUGUGGAAGAGGAUUCAGUGCCUCAUCUAGCCUGUUGACACACCAGCGAGUUCACACCGGCGAGAGGCCGUUCAACUGCUCUGAAUGUGGGAAGGACUUCAGUGAUUCGUACAGCCUGCGGAGACACCAGCGAAUUCACACCGGGGAGAGGCCGUUCACCUGCUCUGUGUGCGGGAAGGGAUUCGUUCAGUCAUCCGAGCUGCAGAGGCACCACGUCUCUCACACCAGCGAAAGGCCUUUUCGGUGCUCGGACUGUGGUCGCAGCUACAAAACCUCUCGGAACCUGAUGCUCCACCAGCGAAUUCACACCGAGGAGAGACCGUUCAGCUGCUCUCAUUGUGCAAAGAGAUUUAUAACCUCGUCCAAUCUCCGCAGACACCAGCGUGUUCACACAGGGGAGAGGCCGUUCGUCUGCUCUGUGUGUGGGAAGGGAUUUAGUCAGUCCUCUGGGCUGCGGAAGCACCAGCGAGUCCACAAAUGAUGACAGUGCUUGGCUUCUGCUGUUAUCGCGUUUGUUGAUCACAACCGGGACUGAACCAUGCUCAACCUGACAGGGCGGUCAGCACUGUUAUCUCAGAGUCAGGAGAUGGUGGAUAAAGACCCACUCCAGAGGCCACAUCAUCCACGAUUCCAUGUUCAACGUUCCCGGUGAUGGAGGAUCAUUUCACGUGAGACUUUGCUCAGCUGAUACUGGGUUGGAGGCAGGGGCCAUCUUGUGAGGGCGGGGUUGGAUUGGUUAGGCCUGUAUCCAUUGGAGCUUAGAAGAAUGACGGAUGACCUUUUGCAACAUAAGAUCCUGAGGGGUUAGAGUUAGAAUCUCUUCAGUGCAGAAACAGGCCCUUCGGCCCAACAAGUCCAAACUGACCUUCCGCAGAGCAUCCCACCCAAACCUAUUCCCCAUUCCUCUACAUUUACUAAUGCACCUAACCUACGCAUCCCUGAACACUAGGGGCAAUUUAGCAUGGUCAAUUCACCUCACCUGCACGUCUUUGGAGUGUGGAAAGAGACCAGAGUACCCGGAGGAAACCCACGUAGACUCAGAGAGAACGUACAAACUCCACACAGACAGAUGCCCCAAGGCAGGGAUUGAACCCGGGUCCCUAGUGCUGUGAGGCAGCAGUGCCAACCACUGAGCCACCGGGGCCACCGGUUCUGACAGGGUCGAUCCUGAAAGAGUAUUCCUGACUGUGGGAGAGGCUAGAGCUGGGGACACAGUUUAAAAAUUCAGGCUCGCCCAUUUCAGAUGGAGAUCUUUCUACUCCCAAAGGGCUGAGAGUCUUUGGAACACUCUUACCCAGAGAGCUAGGAAGGUAGGGUCAGGGAGUGUUUAUAAACUUCAGGUAGAUAGAUUUGUGACUCCUCAGUCAGUGAAGGAUUAUCAGGAGGUAGUGGGGAACGUGGAAUUGUGGCCAUGAUCUGAUUGAGUGGCAUGCAUAAGAUCUGGUUGGACUGCUGAUUGAUCGAUUGUUUGAUUGAUUUAUUGUUGUCACGUGCUGCGAUACAGUAAACAAAGUGUUUUCUGUGAUAUACAGGCUGAUCAUAUCAUACGAGUGCAUCAGGAUAGUAGAAGAGAGUGCACAGCAUUAGUGUUACAGCAGAAAAGGUGCAGAGAGAGAUUACAAUUGACAUUUGAGAGAUUGAUUCGAAACAGCAGGGAAGAAGCUGUUCCUGAAAUGGUGCAUCUACUAAAAUUAGUAGGAGUCCUUGUGGACAUACUGAGUUUCCUUAGCCUCCUGAGGAGGUAAAAAUGUUGUUGUGCUUCCUUGAAAUGUGGGUAGGUCAGGACAGAGUGUUGGUGAUGAUCACUCCCAGGAAUUUCACGGUCUCGGCCAUCUCCACCUCAGCACCAGAUAGGGACCUCCGAACACUCCACUUCCUGAAGUCAGGUAGCAGCUCCUUCAUUUGACGAGACUGUUGUCUUUGCAUCUUGCCGCUAGGCCUUCAAUCUCUUUCCUGACAUCCGGCCUACAGUGGCACUACCGCUAAUGUUGGUUGUAAGCUUUAAAAUGGAGUGGAUGUAAUUGAGAAAUAAUUCUUUACAGAGAGAGUAGUUGGGGUGUGGAACGCACUGUCUGCAACAGUAGUAGACUUGCCAACUUUUAGUUUAGAUCAGAGCGGUGCUGGAAAAGCACCUCAGGUCAGGCAGCAUCCCAGGAGCAGGAAAAUCGAGGUUUUGGUCAAAGGUCCUUCAUCCCUCUAUUCCUGAUGAUGGGCUUUGGCCCGAAAUGUUGAUUUUCCUGCUCCUCGGAUGCUGCCUGACCUGCUGUGCUUUUCCAGCACCGCUCUGAUCUAAACUCUAGUUUCCAGCAUCUGCAGUCCUCACUUUUGCCUCGCCAAUUUUAAAGGCAUUUAGAUGGUCAUUGGAUAGGCAAAUGGACAAGAUUGGAAUAGUGUCGGCUAAAUGGGCUUCAGAUUGGUUCCACAGGUUGGCACAAUAUUGAGGGUCGAAGGGCCUGUACUGCGCUGUAAUGCUCUAUGUUUGAAAUAUAAUUUAGAUGAGUUCAAUGUGGUUCAGCCCAUCUAAUUGAAAGUUUCAAAUUCACUCCUUCAAAUGACACUAUUCCAGGUCAGACAGAGAUAUCCCAUCAGGCAAGGCAGAUACUCAAGAGUUACUUAAUAAGAUGAGAUUUUAUUCGAUAUAAUUUAGUAAAGUACUUUCUGCCCCUUCUUGAUUCAUCCAUUACUGAGAUCAAACUUGCGUGGCUCAGUUUUUAUAACUAGAAGUGAAUGAGCUGAAAGAGUUGUUUUUUCAGAUUCCCUACAGUGUGGAAACAGGCCGUUCGGCCCAACCAGUCCACACCGACCCUCCGAAGACUAACCCACCCAGACCCAUUUCCCUCUGACUAAUGGACCUAACACUACAGGAAUUUAGCAUGGCCAGUUCACCCUAACCUGCACAUCGUUGGACUAUGGGAGGAAACUGGAGCACCUGGAGGAAACCCACAUAGACACGGGGGAGAACAUGCGAACUCCACACAGUCAGUCACCCGAGGCAGGCAUCAAACCCGGGUCCCUGGCGCUGUGAGGCACUGGUGCCAACCGCUGAGCCAUCAAGCCACCCUAAAUUCUUGAAAGAUUCAAUAUAAGAAAUUAAUUGGGGUGAAAAAGUCAUGGAAUAUAAAGAACCAGAUUAAAAUUGGGAAACUGUAUUUCAAACAAAGUAUAGCUUUCAUUAUUUGAGAAUAAAGGUGUGGACAUAGGACAAAAAAAAAUAAGAAUUGAAAUAAAAGGGAAUUGUGUGCAAUAAAAGGAAAGCACCUUUUCUAGUUUUCACGGCACUGAACAAAUGAAUAAUGGCACCGACACUGACAUUUUUGCCAAUUCAUUCGGAAGGUUUCAAAUUGUUAAACAGCUAAUCAACUGCCAGCAAGCUGAAUUGCAUCUGUGCAGAAAUCUGUCAAUUUGUUUUGUACUGACGCUCCCUCAGAAUAGGGAAAAUCUGAGGAAACACUUUUGUGUCAUAGAGUUAUACAUCGGGAAGCAGACCCUUCGGUCCAACUCAUCUGUGCCAACCAGAUAGCCGAACCUAAUCUAGUCCCAUCUGGCAGCACCUGGCUCAUAUCCCUCCAAACCCUUCCUAUUCAUAUACCCAUCCAGAUGCCUCUUAAAUGCUGCAAUUGUACCAGCCUCCACCACAUCCUCUGGCAGCUCAUUCCAUACACGUACCACUCUCUGUGUGAAAAAGUUGCCACUUGGGUCUCUUAUAUCUUUCCCCUCUCACCCUAAACCUAUGCCCUCUAGUUCUGGACUCCCCGACCCCAGGGAAAAGACUUCGCCUAUUUAUCCUAUCCAUGCCCCUCAUGAUUUUAUAAACCUCAAUAAGAUCACCCCUCAACCUCCAAUGCCCCAGGGAAAAUAGCCCCAGCCUGUUCAGCCUCUCCCUAUAGCUCAAAUCCUCCAAUCCUGGCAACAUCCUUGUAAAUCUUUUCUGAACCCUUUCAAGUUUCACAACAUCUUUCCGAUAGGAAGGAGACCAGAACUGCACGCAAUAUUCCAACAGUGGCCUAACUAAUGUCCUGUACAGCCGCAACAUGACCUCCCAACUCCUGUACUCAAUACUCUGACCAAUAAAGGAAAGCAUACUAAAUGCCUUCUUCACUAUCCUAUCUACCUGCGACUCCACUUUCAAGGAGCUACGAACCUGCACUCCAAGGUCUCUUUGUUCAGCAACACUCCCUAGGACCUUACCAUUAAGUGUAUAAGUCCUGCUAAGAUUUGCUUUCCCAAAAUGCAGCACCUCACAUUUAUCUGAAUUAAACUCCAUCUGCCACUUCUCAGCCCAUUGACCCAUCUGGUCCAGAUCCUGUUGUAAUCUGAGGUAACCCUCUUCGCUGUCCACUACACCUCCAAUUUUGGUGUCAUCUGCAAACUUACUAACUGUACCUCUUAUGCUCGGGUCCAAAUAAUUUAUGUAAAUGACAAAAAGUAGAGGCCCAGCACCAAUCCUUGUAGCACUCCACUGGUCACAGGCCUCCAAUCUGAAAAACAGCCCUCCACCACCACCCUCUAUCUUCUACCUUUGAGCCGGUUCUGUAUCCAAAUGAAGUCCAUAUAGAUCACGCCCACCGCUCUGCACUCAUCAAUCCUCUUUGUUAUUUCUUCAAAAAACUCAAUCAAGUUUGUGAGACAUGAUUUCCCACGCACAAAGCCAUGUUGACUAUCCCUAAUCAGUCCUUGCUUUUACAAAUACAUGCACAUCCUGUCCCUCAGGAUUCCCUCCAACAACUUGCCCACCACUGAGGUCAGGCUCACUGCUCUGGAGUUCCCUGGCUUGUCCUUACCACCUUUCUUAGAUAGUGGCACCAUGCUAGCCAACCUCCAGUCUUCUGGCACCUCACGUGUGACUAUCGAGGGUCCUCCAAAACCUUUCCUGCGUUGUUUGUUUCUGUAUCAAAGUUUGUUUUCGGUGGAGUAAAUAAAAGGAGCAAACGAGUUAGAAUUGAUCUAGUAAACAUCAAAUUAAUUGAAUUGACCAUUAACAGGACACAGUAGAGUCAUAGAGAUGUACAGCAUGGAAACAGACCCUUCGGUCCAUACCGACCAGAUAUCCCAACCCAAUCUAGUCCCAUCUGCCAGCACCCGGCCCAUAUCCCUCCAAACCCUUCCUAUUCAUAUACUCAUCCACGUGCCUCUUAAAUGUUGCAAUUUUACCAGCUUCCACCACUUCCUCUGGCAGCUCAUUCCAUACACGUACCACCCUCUGCGUGAAAAAGUUGCCCCUGAGGUCUCUUUCAUAUCUUUCCCCUCUCACCCUCAACCUAUGCCCUCUCAUUCUGGAUUCUCCCACCCCAGAGAAAAGAUUUUGUCCAUUUAUCCUAUGCAUGCCUCUCAAAAUUUUGUAAACCUUUAUAAGGUCACCCCUCAACCUCUGACGCUCCAGGGAAAACAGCUCCAGCCUAUUCAGUCUCUCCAUAGAGCUCAAAUCCUCCAACCCUGGCAACAUCCUUGUAAAUCUUUUCUAAACCCUUCCAAGUUUCACAAAUCUUACUGUGGAGAAGACCAGAGGUUACACUCUGAUGAUAAGGAGGAUGUUCUGGUGUCGUUGUACUGCUAAUCCGGAACCCCAGAUCAAAGUUCUCAGGGCUGAACCCUACCAAGGAGAUGGCAAAAUGUCAAUUUAAUAAGAUCUGGCAUUUGAAUUCAAUCAGGCCAACACUAUCAAUUGUCAUUAAAAAAAACUGCUGCACGUGACUGCAGGGCUGAGUUGAAUAUUUAAAACUGGGAGAACGAGAGCAAUAAUUGAAAAUAUGGGAUAAUUCAAAUAUGACUGUCAAAACCCAUUUUUGUGACUGCAUUUCUACUGUCAGAAAAUAUCU